GUGCGGUCGCUUUCCAGCUGAGGCACUGGACGAGGCUUUGGAGUCGGCUGGGGCUUUCCGGGAACUUCUGAUUCAGUUCUGAGGACUCAUUUCAUCAUGACCUCUUAUGAAGAAGCUGAAACUGAAGAAACAGUAACGUGUCUCCAUAUGACUUUUUACCAUCCUUGCCAAGAAGAUAAGAUGAUGUUUCGUUGCCUGAAUUUCUGUAAGCGAGAACAGCUCAGGGUAGAUGAAACGGCUAAGUUUGGCCGUGAUUCCAGCAUCUGCCGUUACAACUUAAUAGAUUCUCGUGUUUCUCGGAUUCAGUUUUCUUUGCAGUUUUACAGAAAACUUAACAGCUCAGAAUUUUGUUUUGAGAUAAAGAACAUGAGCAAGAAAACUAAGCUGAUUGUGGACCGCACAGAACUGGGUUACUUAAACAAAAUUGACCUGCCGUGGAAGUGCAUCAUUUGUUUUGGGGACUACCAGAUCUUAACAGAGAUGCAAGAAGGAGAGUCUAUGGAUUAUUUUGAGACUUACUUAUGCUUGGCUCAAAUGCCAUUCUUACAAGAAAGAUGCCUGCCAUCACUGCAACCCGUACCUGAGACUGGCAUUUUCCCUUCUUUGUUUCUUUCCCAAGAUGAAAGCCCAAAAGAGAUGGAUGAAAAUGAGUCAUACUAGGCAGGAAGAGGAGGCUGGAUCAGAUUUGAACAUUGGAAACCUCCAUUACUUCAGGAUCUGACAUCAUGUCAUCUCAGCCCACUGUUUUCAAUGGUCCUUAUUGCUGUUAUCUCAGUCCUCUCAGCCUUUGUUUUCAAGAUGGGUGCACCAGAACUUAGUUGCUUCAACAGAAACAAGCUUCUGCCCCUGUCCUUUCUGGGGCAUGUGUGCUGUCUGAUCACCACUGUGUCACAUCAAGAUGUGGGAGACCUCAGUUUAUAUGGCCACUAAAGUCCACAGAAGCAGAUUCAGUUCAAGAACUGGGGCCACACGCGCCAAAAGUAUAUUCAACAGGCAUUAACAUAGAGCGCACAGAACAGUGUUUUAGCUCCAACAGUGUGUAGCUGAGUAGAGAUGUAGUGUCUUGUUGCAUUUGUUAAAUCUUGUGCUAUGUUUUUGACAAUAAGUUCUGAACAGUAUUUGCAAGUCUAUAUCAUAACUUCCCCAGUUUUACAGCUCAGAAACACUUCAUCAGCAGAAUCACAGAAUCACAGAAUCGUUUAGGUUGGAAGGGACCUCUGGAGAUCAUCUAGUCCAACCUCCCUGCUCA